CUCGCGGCAGGGAACUGGUGAGCUACCCCAAACUGAAGCUGAAGAUCAUGAUCAGGGAUAAGCUCGUCCGCGACGGCAUCCACCUGAGCAAGCCCCCGUACUCCCGCAAGGACGGCUCCCUGGGAAACAUCGAUGACCUGGCGCAGCAGUAUGCCGAUUAUUACAAUACCUGUUUCUCCGACGUGUGCGAGAGGAUGGAGGAGCUGCGGAAACGGCGGGUUUCCCAGGACCUGGAUGUGGAGAAACCCGAAGCCAGCCCCACGUCACUUCAGCUGCGGUCCCAGAUCGAAGAGUCUCUUGGCUUCUGUAGCACCGUGUCAACACCAGAAGUGGAAAGAAAGAAUCCUCUUCAUAAGUCAAACUCGGAAGAUGGCUCUGUAGGAAAAGGAGAUUGGAAGAAGAAAAAUAAGUAUUUCUGGCAGAACUUCCGAAAGAAUCAGAAAGGAAUAAUGAGACAGACUUCAAAAGGAGAAGAUGUGGGUUAUGUUGCAAGCGAGAUAACCAUGAGUGAUGAGGAGCGGAUUCAGCUGAUGAUGAUGGUCAAGGAAAAGAUGAUCACCAUUGAAGAAGCGCUUGCUAGGCUCAAGGAGUAUGAGGCCCAGCACCGGCAGUCCGCUGCCUUGGACCCAGCAGACUGGCCAGAUGGUUCUUACCCAACGUUCGAUGGCUCCUCAAACUGCAAUUCGAGAGAACAAUCGGAUGAUGAGACCGAGGAGUCGGUGAAGUUUAAGAGGUUACACAAGCUGGUGAACUCCACUCGCAGAGUGAGAAAGAAACUAAUCAGGGUGGAAGAAAUGAAAAAGCCCAGCACUGAAGGCGGUGACGAACAGGUGUUUGAGAAUUCCCCGGUCCCGGAUGAAAGGUCCGCCCUUUACUCUGGAGUGCACAAGAAGCCAUUUUUCUUUGAUGCCUCUCCUGAGAAACCUCCAGAAGAUGAUUCAGACUCUCUCACCACUUCUCCAUCAUCCAGCAGCCUGGACACCUGGGGGGCUGGCCGGAAGUUGGUCAAAACCUUCAGCAAAGGAGAGAGCCGGGGCCUGAUCAAGCCCCACAGGAAGAUGGGGACGUUCUUCUCCUACCCAGAAGAAGACAAGGCCCAGAAGGUGUCCCGCUCCCUCACCGAGGGGGAGAUGAAGAAGGGUCUCGGGUCCCUGAGCCACGGGAGAACCUGCAGUUUUGGAGGAUUUGACUUGACAAAUCGUUCUCUGCACAUAGGCAGUCAUAAUUCUGACCCAAUGGGUAAAGAGGGGGAUUUUGUGUACAAAGAAGUAAUCAAAUCACCCACUGCCUCCCGCAUCUCUCUUGGAAAAAAGGUGAAAUCAGUGAAAGAGACAAUGAGGAAGAGAAUGUCUAAAAAAUACAGCAGCUCUGUCUCUGAGCAGGAUUCGGGCCUUGAUGGGAUGCCUGGCUCCCCUCCGUCCUCUCAACCUGACAGCGAGCACGUGGACAAGCCCAAGCUCAAAGCCGGAGGUUCUGUAGAGAGUCUGCGGAGCUCGCUGAGCGGGCAGAGCUCGAUGAGUGGUCAAACAGUGAGCACCACAGAUUCCUCCACCAGUAACAGGGAGAGCGUCAAGUCAGAAGACGGUGAUGACGAGGAGCCCCCCUACCGGGGCCCCUUCUGUGGGCGCGCCAGGGUGCACACCGACUUCACACCCAGCCCCUAUGACACAGACUCGCUCAAGCUCAAGAAAGGAGACGUCAUCGAUAUAAUCAGCAAACCCCCCAUGGGCACCUGGAUGGGCCUGUUGAACAACAAGGUGGGCACGUUCAAGUUCAUCUACGUGGACGUGCUCAGCGAGGAAGAGGAGAAGCCCAAGCGCCCCACCAGGAGGAGGAGGAAAGGAAGACCCCCCCAGCCCAAGUCGGUGGAGGAUCUCCUCGAUCGCAUCAACCUCAAAGAGCACAUGCCCACUUUCCUGUUCAAUGGCUAUGAAGAUCUGGACACCUUUAAGCUCCUGGAGGAGGAAGACUUGGACGAGUUAAAUAUCAGGGACCCAGAACACAGAGCUGUUCUCUUGACAGCAGUGGAGCUGUUACAGGAAUAUGACAGUAACAGCGACCAGUCCGGAUCCCAGGAGAAGCUGCUUGUUGACAGCCAGGGCCUGAGCGGAUGCUCUCCGCGAGACUCGGGAUGCUAUGAAAGCAGUGAGAACCUGGAAAACGGUAAGACUCGGAAAACCAGCCUUCUCUCUGCCAAGUCAUCAGCGGAAUCCAGCUUGAAGUCUUUCAACAGGAGUCAGCUGGGCAACUACCCAACCUUGCCUUUAUUGAAGUCAGCGGAUGCACUGAAGCCGGGAGGGGAGAGCAGGCUGGGCGGUGGUCUUACCCCUCACACCGCCAAGGGCUGUGAUCCGCCAUGUGUGGCUGAUUUGAAUAAAAACCGAAGAAGCCUCCCGGUUUCCAUCUGCCGGAGCUGUGAGACCCUGGAGGGCCCCCAGACUGUGGAAGCUUGGCCCCGAUCCCAUUCCCUGGAUGACCUUCAAGGAGAGGCUGAUGCCGAAAAAGAUGUGCCUGGCGAGGUGACAGAACCCUCCCGUCAGACUGUACCCGAAGUGCCACAAAAGACAACCCCUUCCAUCACCAAGGUUCAAAGCCCCAAACGAGAUUCUGCUGUUGACAAUGCACUGCUACUGACCCAAAGCAAGAGAUUUUCUGAGCCUCAGAAAACGACUACUAAGAAACUGGAUGGCCCCAUCGCGGCCUUUUCACGGGGCACAUCACCCCCUCCGUGUUUGCCCAAAAACUAUGAUGCCCAACUGCCCGCCGUUAAACACAGUUUAACAAGGACGCCUCUUGAGGGUCACAGGAAAGGACUGGAAGGAACGUAUUAUCCUCCGGGCACCAAAGAAGGUGUGGAUGCUGAGCAGAGGGGCCCCGAGGCCAGAACGCAGGCAAAACCUCCCACGCAGCCUCCUCCCGUUCCUGCCAAGAAGAGCAGGGAGCGCCUCGCCAACGGGCUGCAUCCUGGCCCUCUUGGUCCCGCUGGCAUCCCUGGCCCCGAUGCACCCAGCCUGCCCCUUAAGAAGGGCAGCCCCGGCAGCCCCAGCGACUGUCACCCACCGCCGGUGAUGCUCACCGAGAACAAGCUGCGAGCCGAGGGCAUCGAUCUCACCGAGGAGCCGUAUUCUGAUAAGCAUGGCCGCUGUGGGAUUCCCGAGGCCCUGGUACAGAGAUACGCAGAAGACUUAGAUCAGCCUGAGAGGGACGUUGCCACCAACAUGGACCAGAUCCGGGUGAAGCUGCUUCGGAAGCAGCACCGCAUGGCGAUCCCAAGUGGUGGACUCACAGAAAUCUGUAGAAAGCCCCUCUCUCCUGGCUGCGUUUCGUCCGUGUCAGAUUGGCUGGUUUCCAUCGGCCUGCCCAUGUACGCCAGCGCCCUCACGGAAGCGGGCUUCAGCACACUGGGCCAAGUGCCUUCUCUGUCCCACACUUGCCUUCAGGAGGCCGGCAUCACCGAGGAGAGACACAUAAGCAAGCUCGUGUCUGCAGCCAGACUCUUCAAACUGCCACCAGGCCCUGAGGCCAUGUAGCCAGGCCGGAAAUGGACCUCCCUGGACAAGAGCCACCCUUUCACUGUGUCUAUGAUGCUGAUGCAAUUCCUCCUUCGCUGGACACGCAGACCAGACCCAGAAGAGAGGCCCAGUGUGUGGCCAGCAGAACUCAAAGUCUUGGCUCGGGACCGAUGAGCCUCUCUUCUCCAGAAAAGACCCCUCCAGGAAAUUGGUGAGAUUCUGUUUGGCCCCCAAAGAAAAGACAAGCACUUACUUUUAUUUUCAGGACACAACACAACCAGCAUGCCAACAUGCCACAGAUGCUGUGCCCGCAGUCUGUCCGGGUGUGCUGGGAGAGGGCUGGGGGCAGAGGGAGGGCAGCCCGCUCCGUCUCUCAGCCUGCAGGGCACCCGAGGCCCAGGUGCGCGUUAGCCAGUCCAAAGUAACAGACUCGGGAGUGACUGUACACUGUUGACCAGGCUCACUUGCUCUAAAGUAAGAAAAUCUGGCUGCACUAGGGGAAAAAAGAAAAGUCCUAUUCUCCUUUAGAUAAACCAGAGACAUUUUAAUAAUUGCUUUCUAGCAAUCAGCUUUUAUUUGCCUUAAUGUAAGCUUUUAAGCAGUUAUCUAACUCGUGUUCACUCCUCUGUAACCAUAGUCCCAAGUCUUCAGCUUAGACUGCCAUCUAACAUAGCUGGGAUGUUUUCAGCAGAAAUGGGCUUUUCUAAUUGUCUCACUCUAACAUGGCUCAUUUUAUAGGGGUGUUUAUCAAGCCAAAUUUCAUGUUGACUUUCAGUUUUCUAACUACAAUUCUGGUAAAAAGCUCCCUGAAACUCAGAAAGAUAGCAUGUAUGAGUGUGUGUGUGCGCGCGCACGCGUGUGUAUGUGUAUGUGUGUAUUUACGGUAACUACCUUUCAUUUGAAUCAGUUUAGUAUUGUUACCGUGUUGGUCAUCGUGCUGCAGUAUUGACUUGGAAUCUUGACCAUGUCCAUUCCAAAAUUCAGUCAUCUGAACAGACCACCUUUGCAAAAAGUCAUUGUAAAGUUGAGUAUUUAAGAAAGUUGUUUGUUUUUUUUUUAAGGGAAGUAGUUUAUAAGAUGUCUUAAAAGGUUUGGGUUUUAUUUUGUUUUGUUUUAUAAUUAAAAUAUUGUUUUCCAUCUUUUCUUAUAUAGAUAAUUCUCUUAAAUAAAAUGAAGGUUCAUUUUGGAGCCAAGCAAACUACAUUAGUCAUGUAUUAAGUAGUUGAAUAUUUUCAGUUGUUCUCCAACUGAUUACAGCAUCCUCUUUUAGUCUAGUGUCUGGUUUUCUAGCAAACAGAAAUUUAGACAAUUAAAUUAUUAAAGUUUCCAAUUGUUUACAAAAUGAUUUUCCUUUACAUUCUUAUCAUGAGCCCUAUUUUAAGCAUUGGGUGUGAUCAUUUACAAUAGAAAUGCUUCGAACACAAACCUUGAUUAAAAAGUUUUAUCAUGUUUCAUCUACUUAUUAAAACAAAUGAUUUCCCCCAGGGGAGGGAAAAAAGGAGUGAUUUCAUUUGUUACAAAGCCAUUUUAGCUUUAUACACCUGGAUCCGUGUUUCUGAGGAAAAGGACAUUCUCAGGUGAUAUAUUUUUUCAUGCCUUUUGGUAUGUAUUUUUUUAAAUAAUAUAUAUUUCUUCAAUAAUAGUCACCUUCUAUAAGAUGUCAUGUGAAGAAGUUGUGGAAAUGCAGAAGAAAAAGCUAAAGCUGCCAAAUUUCUCUUGAACUCUUAAAAACAGCCCAUUUUUGUCAUGUGGGAUGUGACAUUCCUGUGAGAGCAGUCCAUUCAGAAAGUCAGGAGGCUGCAGGGCUCUCCUGUAACCAUUGCUGAAAGGACUUUCCGGUGCUGUGGUGAGAUGGACGCUGUAAAACGGUCUCCUGAGCCCGCAUUUUCGGUACCCCAGCCUGACAUCCGAGAGAGCCUCUUCAGUGUCUAAGCUGAGCUGAAGACCAGAUGUAAGUCAGGUAAUAGACCACAAAGGAGAGGGGGGAAUUGUCCGUGAACUUUCAAGUGUCAGUUCAUUUUCCUUGUAAGAUUUUCACUUAAGUAAAAGUGGCACCAGAAAAGGGAACUUUUGAGUAUGAGUUUUUGAGAAUGCCAAACUUUAUUUUUGUCAUUCUUCUUUGGAAAUCAUUGCCUUUGCCUAGAAAAGUCAGAUUCAGGGACCAUGGAUAAUUUUCAGUGGGAAGGGCUUCCUAAUCUGUGGGGUCUGAGGUGGUUUUUACUUUCUUGUGCUUUAAAAAAAAUUUUUUUUUCAUCUUUCGUAUUUGUUUGAUCUUCUUUUGCUUUAAACUUUUAAUUUGAUCCUAGAAAAGCCUGAAUGUUUGUGUGUGACAUUUGACUGAGUUGAUUUGGGGCUGCCUGUGGACUUUAGAAGACAGGUGGUCGGCUUUAGCAAUAUCCAGUUUCAAUCCAUUGCACUUGGUUCAGAAUGUUGAGGAAGGGUGAAAAUUGUUGUCUUUGGAAAGCACAAAAGAAAACCCAGCGAGGCAGUUUGGCUCAGGUAGCUACACAUCCAUUAUGGGUAAUUUUUCCUUUGAAGCUGUCUACAAGGAAAUGCAGCCAGCCGAAACCACUAUUGACAUUCCCAGAUAACCAAGAAGUAGGUAGAUUUUUAUGGCCUUACCUUAGUCAGAGGCCCUUUUCUUUUUCCUGAAUUUGGAUAUAGGUGAGAUUGGAAAUUACUAGUCUGUUGGAAAUCAGUUCCUGACAGAGCAAAGUUUGCUUUCAUAAUUGCAGCAAAAGAAAGUCAGUUCACCAAGUCAAUGCUGCAUGUGUGUACUGUAUUAUUUUCAGAAAAAAAAAUAUAGUAGUCUGUCCAAGUUAUCUCAAUUUUAAAUUGCUAUUAGAAACAAGAAACUGUCAAGCAAGUUAUAUAACAACUAACAACAUUGCACUUUCUGUAUAUGAAAUCAAUAUUUAAAUAACUUAUUUUUCUCCAUUGCUGUUCUUAAACAUUGUAAGUAGCUGUAAUAUACCAGUACCAACAUGUCCUCGCGAUUGCUUCAGCCCGAGAAAGCUGUGUAUUGUUUUAAAAAAUGUAAAAAUUAUUGUGAUGAUUCAUUUAGCAAAAAGAGGUGGACAGAAGGGUUUUCCUAUGUAUCAAAACUUGUCUAUAAUUAUGUCAUCUAUGUACCUAGAAAAAAAAAAGUAAAUAAAUUUCUUCAGUUGAAUAUGC